CAACACACACACACGCACAUUUAUGGUAUGGUAGCAUUUAUUGUCAGUCCUCAAUAUACUGUAUGUGGAACAUACAGAGGGACGAAAUUCCUUUUCCAAGAGGCCAUUGUCACAUAAAAAAAACAAUUAAAAAAAAAAACCCCAAAAAACCUAUAAUUACUAUUAUAAUAUUAUAAUUAGUUUUCAUUUUAAACCAUGUCGCCUAUGCAGCGAUUCCGUGGUGAACCGUGUGAUGAACAAGCUGUCGCCCCUGCACCCGAAGAUCUACUGUGCUCUGUCCGGCUAUGCCAUGUCCAGUUUGGAGAUCGGGGAGGAGCCGCGGGUGGGUGGCGCCGCCACCCUGGUCAAGAACAUCUCGUACCGGCACAGGGACGAGCUGGCGGCUAAUCUCAUCGUGGCCGGCUGGGACAGGACAGACGGCGGGCAGUGAGUCACACGCUCAGUUAUUUCAUGACGUGCUCUCAAGUUCCAAACCUACCCGAGUACUUUGUGGUCGCGUAUGUUGACGGCGUUCCGAUUUUGCACUACGACAGCAAGAGCAGGAAAACAAAAGCCAAACAGGACUGGAUGAAGAAAAUCACAGCAGAUGAUCCUCACUUCUGGGAGAGAGAAACAGAGAGCAGUAUUGGUGCAGAGCAGGUCUUCAAAAGCAACAUUGAAAUUGUAAAAGAGCGCUUCAACCAAACUGGAGGUGUUCACAUGUUCCAGCAGAUGUACGGCUGCGAAUGGGACGACGAGACCGGUGAGGUUGAUGGUUGGGAAGACCUCAGUUACGAUGGAGAAGCCUUCAUCUCGAUGGAGGUGAAGGCAAUGAGAUGGAUCGCAGCUCAACCACAAGCUUUCGUCACCAAACUCAAGUGGGACCGUGACGAACGUUUGAAUCAACAAAGGAAGCAUAUCCACACUGAGAUUUGUCGGUCUGAGUUGAAGAAGCACGUGGCCAAUGGGAGGGACUUCCUCAUGAGAACAGAGCUUCCCACGGUGUCUCUCCUCCAGAAGACGCCGUCCUCUCCGGUCACCUGCCACGCGACGGGUUUCUACCCCAGCGCGGCCGCCCUGUUUUGGAGGAAGGACGGCGAGGAGCUCCACGAGGACGUGGAGAUGGGAGAGACCCUCCCCAACCCCGACGGAACCUUCCAGACGACGGCCGACCUGAAAGCGGAGGUGACCGAUGAAGCCGAGGGCCGCUACGAAUGCGUGUUCCAGCUGUCCGCCGUCAAGGACGACAUCGUCGCCAAGCUGGAGAGAAGAAGCAUCCGGAGCAACGCGCGCAUCCGAGAAGAAGAAAAAAAGAAGACGAUGUUGACCAUCAUUGCCGUUGCCGUGGCGGUCCUCUCUCUCGUGGCGGUCACGGUCGCGGUCGGGGUCGUCAUCAAGCGCAACAGAAGCGGACAAGGAAAAUACUCUCAAGCUUCCGUUUCCAACGAUUCCGAGUCCGUCGCCAAGUGAGACGCAGCAGCCGUCACGCGGUGUCGCAACACAAGUGACAUGUCUCCUUCGGGAUUUUCAAAUCACGUGAUGUUAUUUGUGCAAUGAUUUGUACAUGAAAACCAUUUGUGCAAUUAUGUUCCUGUUAAGUCGCGCUCAAUUUGUUUUGCUAGGUUUGGCGUAUUAGGUGAGAUUUUGAGGAGUUCGUCGAAAUCUUUGUUGAUUUUUGUGUCGGUUCAUCAGUCAGCGUCACGUCAUAAAAAGGAUUUCUUCUC